CCGCGGCGCCUCGGCUCAGGUGAGGCAGGGCUGGGGGGCACCUGCCGGGGGCUGCGGGCCCCCUCCUCCUCCUCCUCACCUCCCCCCGCCCCCCCCGGGGGCACCUGCGGCAGCGCAGCCCCGUCCCUCGGGCGGCCUCUGCCGUGAGGGGCCGGUUGUGCGAUGAGCGCGGGGGGGCGGCCGCGCUGCCGCCGCGAUGUCUGAAGGGUCGGGGGCGCAGCGCUGCCCCCCAGCCCGGUUUGAAGCGGGGCUGGAUCCCCCCCCCCCCCGUAUCCCCGCGGUGUCCCGGUGGGGUUGGGGAGGAGGAGGAGGAGGAAGGGCGGCGCGGGGCGGGGGGGCGGAGGAAGGUCCAGGUGUGCGCAGGUAGCGGCCUCUCCGCCGCCCCCUCCCCUGGUUCCGCGGGGCGGGGGGCGGCCGGAGCCCCUGCCCAGCCCCUGCCCAGCUCCCUCCUCCCUCCCUCCCUCCCUCCCUCCCGAAGUUGCAGCCGCCGCCCCCUCCCCUGUGCCCCCGAGCGGGGCCGCGCUGCCAUCCCACACCUGGGGGUCGCUGCGCCCCCCCCGAGGCCGGGCCGGGCGGGGUGUGCACGGCGAGAAUCUAUUUCUUUGUGAGUCAAAGAUGUUCCUGGAAGAAGGAUUUGUAGUGCUGGAGUUUCUUUGUGGCACUGAUCUUGGCCUUGAGUGUAUUUUAUCCAAUGCAACAAUCUGAAAUGUUUGUGCAACAAAACUAAGUGCAACUGACUGUAUCUGUAGACUUGAAAAAUCUGAAGAAACAAUUAAAAAAACCUCAUCCCAUCAUUGAGCAAGCCUUUGGAUACAUUUGUUGGGAUGUGUGAAAGCACAUAAAGCUGAAGAAGAAAUCAUUUUUUACAGGUGGAAAAAAAACUUUAAAAAAUAAUUUUCUCGGCGAAAGUUUUCCAGCUGAGCAGACUUGAAAGCACAUGUUGGAGAACUCCACAAGUGUCCUUACUGUGAUCAGGGAGCCCCCCCAGGGAAGUGCAGGCUGCCAGUGAGAGAUGUAAAGGGGAGCCCAGGGAGGAAAGAUGCCCACGCAGCCCCUGCUGGCUUACAUGGACGGACCCGAGGGAAUGGCCAGCGCCGUGGGCGCCCAGCUGGAGAGCAGCGACGCCCCCGUGGCCAUCAAAGGAACCAGCACCAUCUCCUACAAGAGCCUGCAGGAGAAGUUCCUGCUGCAGGCUGAGGGCUGCAUGCCCCUGGACUGCAUGUUCUGUGAUGAGACUUUCAAGCACCCCGAGGAGCUGGGCAAGCACGUGCUGACUGAGCACCGGCCCACGCUGUGCGAGCCCGCCGUGCUCAGGGUGGAGGCUGAGUAUCUCAGCCCUCUGGAUAAAUGUCAGGUAAGAACCAGCUCCCCUUCUCCCAGCAGCCAGCAGGACAGCGAGGAGCUGAGCUGUAAGGUUUGUGGGCAAACGUUUGAUAAAGCUUUUGACAUUGAGGCGCACAUGAAAAAGCAUAAAGAUUCCUUCACCUAUUGGUGUAACGUUUGCGGGCGAAGAUUUAAAGAGCCCUGGUUCCUCAAAAAUCAUAUGAGAACGCACACUGGAAAACCUGGUUCUAGAAACAAGCACCAACAAGGUUCUGAAGGCCCCAUAACAAUAAAUGAGGUGGUGCAGGAGCACGUAACUGAAAAUGUAACGUCACCUUACAAAAUUUGUAUGGUUUGUGGUUUCCUAUUUCACAAUAAAGAGACUCUAAUUGAGCACAGUAAAGUGCACACCAAAGAAUCAGUUCCCAACGGUGAAAGCCCCCAAGUGACUGCUGAAGUCAAUGCAGAAGAAACAUCUCAAAACCAGGAAUUUUUCCAAUUCUUGAACUUAAGACCAAAUUCAGUUCCAGAAAAGGACAAGCUGCAGAAACUGGCGAAGUGGAUCGCCGAGCUGGAUCCUUUCACCACCUAUCAAGCAUGGCAGCUGGCUACCAAAGGGAAAAUUGCAGUUGGCCACGGGCAGAUUAAAGAGCCAGGGCAAGAAGGAAGUACAGACAACGACGAGUCAUCUUCAGAUAAAGAAGAACUCUGUGAAAUUUGGAAUGCAAAUAAAGGUAGCCAGGCUGAACCUACAGGGAAGUCAAAGGUAAAUAAAAACAGCAGUUUCACAGGGAAUGGUAACUUAACCCAGGACAAACUGAAACAUCCCGCUGGUGAAGUGCCUUCUAUGGAGAUGGAUUCUAAAUCAUCCCAGAACAAAGAGAAGCCAACCCACUGCUCUGAGUGUGGGAAAGCCUUCAGGACAUACCACCAGCUGGUCCUUCACUCCAGGGUGCACAAGAGGGACCGGCGGGGGGAUGGAGAGACCUCCACUGCUGCCAGGACCUACUGUGCUGAUAUCAUGGCCAACCUGGAGGAGAACGGGGCAGCUGAGAGGAUGGAAGGAGGCUCUGAGGAUGGCUCUGAAGAUGGGCUUCCAGAAACAAUCAAUUUAGAGAAAAAUGAAGACAGUUUGGAAAGAACAAAAGUUAAAACCCUUGGAACCUCCAGAGAAUGCAGCUACUGUGGAAAGUAUUUUCGCUCCAAUUAUUACCUCAAUAUUCAUCUCAGAACUCAUACAGGUGAAAAGCCGUACAAAUGUGAAUUCUGUGAGUAUGCAGCAGCCCAGAAGACUUCCCUGAGGUAUCAUUUAGAGAGACACCACAAGGACAGGCACGGUGAUGGUGCAGCUGAUGGGAAGGGUGACAGCAAAGGUUCCCUGCGGGGUCAGGACACGGCGCUGUCGCUGGCUGCUGAUGCUGCUCCAGAAACCAAAAAUCUGAAGAGGCUUUUUGAUGGUGCCAAAGAUGCUGAGAGCUGCCCACCUGCCAAGCAGCAAAAGGAAGCUCUUUCCUUGAGCAAUGCAAUAGGCAGCACGGUCUUUUUAAAAGUAAAGAACAAUUCCAGGGAACCGAACAAAGCUUCUGUUUGUAGCAGCUUGAAUCAAAUACCCGAGAACGUGCCUGCUCCUUACCCAGAAAAACUAAAGGCUGAGAAGGAAACCAAGGAAGCUCAGCCUAAAAGAGAGAGAAAGGCUUCUGUGGCAUCAGAGGAAGAUGAUGUCCAGUAUAUCUGUGCUUUUAUUGGUGGGAAAAAUGUGAACAAUAUGCAAGAAUGCACUGAGAACUACAGACGCAGACCUGUUGUGGACUGUCACGAGCAGCCCUUGGACUUAUCCAGUAAGAGUUCCCAGGAAUGCUCAGUGGUUGCAAGCAGAGGCCUGCUGGCCCCCAGCACCUGCCCCUUCUGUACCUACAGGACAUUUUACCCCGAGGUGCUCAUGAUGCACCAGAGGCUGAUGCACAAGUACAACCCUGACACGGUGAACAAGAACGGCUACAGGAGCAAGGCCGUGGCCAAGGCCCGGCGCACGGGCUGCCCCCCAGCCCUGCUGGGCAAGGAUGUGCCUCCUCUGCCCCUCCAUCCCAACAAAAACAAGGCUUCCACAAACCCCCAGCAAAAACCACUGCAGGCAGGGAAAGCCAAGCAAUGUGCCCCUCCCCAGAACAAAGCCCCUCUCUUCUCCGGGAGCGAGUCGAGCAGUACAGCCCCGAGUAACCUCAAGUUUCACAAGCAGCAAAGUAACGUUGGAGCUCAGGCAAACAACUACAGACAACCUCAGCAAGAAGAAGUGCACUCCAGUUUCAGUAUCUCUCCAGUACUGGACAGAGUAAAGAGAUCUGACUAUAAAAUCAAAGCUCUGGGUGCCCCAGUGGCUCAGCCUGGUGUGAUCAGCAGCAGCAUGAAUGGGGCUCUGGAGUCUCACCUCAGUGAACCUGGCUGGGCUUGCCAGCGGGGCAGAGACUAUCUCUGCAGUAAAUCUGGGAGCAAUGCAGCUCUGGACUAUGGAGAAACCUCUUCCAAACGGAUGAAACCCUCCCUGGUGGCUGUGGAGCCCCUGGACUCUCCUCUGGCUAAUUACAGGAGAUACGAAAUGAGCAGAUUUCGUGGUGGGAACAGAUAUGCAAAUCUGCUACCUCAGGAAUUCCCUCGCACCAAACCUGCAUCCUCUGCUCUGCCAGGCAAACAAGGGCUCCUCAGUGCAGAUGAUGCUGAUCCUCCCAGUGUAUUGACUGCCCUCAAACCCUAUGAGCCAUACAGCUCAGGAUCUCCUUAUGCUUCUUGUGCAUCCAGCAAUGGCCAAGUCACCAGCUCGGCAGGAGAAGGCAAGAGAUCAGUGUCAUACCAACACUUACCCAGCAAUCUGCUGCAGAAGAGAAGUUAUGAGCCCUUUGUGGGGAACACACCCUUCAGACCCAGUGACAAGAAAAACUGAAUCACUCAAGAAUGGUCUGAGGAUACAAGGGCAUAUUCCAUGGAGUUAUACCUGCAGUUCAUCCCCUGAGGAAGAGAAAAUGGUGAAAGCUACUGAACUAAGCUGUGAUUGUACUGUAUAUAGAAACACUACAGUUUUAUAAUACUGGUUCUUUUAACAUUUUGUACCAAAUAGCCAUACAAAGUAGUCUAAACAGUUGGGUUAUGAAGGUGUGUGGAGAAUGUAUAUCUUGACCUUGACUUUUGAGUAUUUUUCAUUAGAAUUAAUUGACCAAAUAUUAGGUAGGAGUUCUAUUUUUACAUACUUGAGCGCUGCUGAAGAGUUUCUCUUGGAAAGAAUAUAUAUCCUUGCACCUCAGGUAAACUGUAAAUAUUGAAGUUGAAAAUCCUGUUGGCAUAAUGCUCCUUUUUCAUAAAAGUGAAAGUUUCUUA